AUUCUCAGAUUUAGACAAAUAAAAUAACCACAUAAAACUGCAACAAUUGUCUCUAUAUGGAAGUAGCUCGUGUGUUUAUUUGACGUUUUUGACAGGGCGUCUGUCAUUGCACGCUCACGAAAUGAAAUCAUGAAAUUUCUUGGACAAAAAAAACUUUUGACUAUUCACGCCAGCUGACGAUUACUCAUCGAGUACACUAGCGUAAACAACGUAUAUAAACGCUGGUUUAACGCAGGUUAAACGUGUUCCCUUACUGGAUAACAACAUUCAGUUCUCAAAGAAUGUCACAUCGAUGUAUUCUCGUGCUGUGUGCUGUUUUGUCCACAGUAUUAGAUGUGAAUUCGCAGCCAGCGCAAUAUUGUCCUGACCGAUGGUUUAGUCACGUGACGGGCGGAACAACCACGUGUCUGUGGCUUAGCAACGAGAAAGUAUCAUGGACUAGCGCGCACACCUGGUGUAACAUCAUGCAGGGUAACCUGGUCGAGAUAGACUCACCCGCUCUCAACAGUAAACUAGCGAUGCUCAUCACCGGUAAACUCAAUGGUAAAUACUGGAUCGGCCUGACGGACAUGGAAGCUGAGACGGCGUACACAUGGUCGGCCUCCCGUCGCCCGGCGUCGGUGCACAAUUUCCCGCCGGGCCAGUCCAUCGGCGACAUUCACAAGAACUGCGUACACGUCGACGAGAAGGGACUGUGGGGCGUGGAGUCGUGCAAGGCAGAGUUCUGGUUCAUAUGCCAGAGAAAAAUAUAGAGCGAAAUAUGACACCCUACGGAUGCACUCUACGAAGAGGCUGAAAUACCCAUAAACAAACGUCGAAAUAAACACUCAGAGUGAAACAAGAAAAUACACUGAAUAACAAAGCAAUAAACAAAUAGAGAAGGAUAUCAAUCAACCACGGACUGUUCAGAGAAAAAUAACAAUUAAUUAAUAUGUGUGUUUGUUUUAGGAGACUGGGCAAUAAUUUAACAGAACACAUUUAAAGCCGUACAAUAUGUGUGCAUACUUUCAUCAGAGCUACAUUUGAAUGCCCUGGCGCUGGAAAAUUGAAUAAAUAAAAAAUAUUUGUUA